AUGUUUUCUCUAUCUCAACGUUUUCAAGUGGUCACUAAUCAGGCAGUUACCGUCGGUAUUUUCAUUGUUGCAUUCAUUGUAGGGUCAUCAUGGUUUCAUCUAUAUCAAAAUGAUGUUUUCAAUUCAGCAAAAUCAACAAUUUCUAAUAUAAAACCAUCCAUAAACAUUAGAACAAGCAGAUAUUAUGGAUCUACUAAUGGUAAGGCUAAGGAAAACUUAAAAGUUUCCUUCGAUUUAAGUACUGAUUUAUCGCCAUUGUUUAAUUGGAACACAAAACAAGUUUUUGUUUACUUGACAGCUUCAUAUAAUGGUUCCUCCACUGUUAAUGAAGUUACCUUUUGGGACAAGAUUAUUGAGGACAAGAAUGAUGCCGUUUUGGAACUAAAUAAUGAAAAAUCUAAAUACGCUGUUUGGGAUCUAGAAAAUGGUUUCUCUGGUAAGGAAUUACAAUUUAAUUUACAUUGGAAUAUUCAACCUUGGGUUGGUGGUUUGCUUUAUGGUCAAACUAACGGAAUUUAUCAUGUUAUAAUACCUGAAAAGGAGAAAAAGCCAGAAAACUCUAGCGGAGAGGAACAAGAAAAUGAUUCUUCAGUUGCAAAAAAGAAACUUAAGAGAGCAAGAAAGCAACAAAAGGCAAACUAA